AUGGGCCUGCGGAGUAUGAAAUGGGACGAAUGGAUCGAACUGGACAACCACUAUCUCAAAUACCACGCCGACAAAGCCCGCCGCAUUGAAGAACGAGGAAGCAAAUGCUGCUACACAGACCCAGAAGCAAUGGACGGAGCAAUCGAGCUCUUGGAAGAACUAUGCGCCUACCUCCCAGAACGAUACCCAACAAUGUUCCAGAAGACCCCAACAGGAAUAACCAAUACAAUCACCAACGAAACCUUCAACAUAACCCAACGCCCUCUCCCAGAGGACCCAAUGGCUACAGCCGCUCGCCUAGUACAAGAUGACCUAGCCCUGAUGAUCGAACGCCCCGACGGCGAAUAUUACCUACUCGCAGGAGCAAUCCUCCUAGCCGGCUUCUGGCGUCUCACAGACAAACUCGGCAUGCGACUCUCCGAAAUCCACACUUCAGGCGAUGUCCCAGGCUACAAGUCAAAACUCGAAAAGGGAAUGAUGAAUUUCUUCCGGCGGCUCAAACCCGAGGAUCCGGUUAUUCGGAACAACUAUUUCAUCCAGGUGGAUGAUAGCCUGGCUUGGUCGCAUAGUAUUGGACCCGAGGAUGCAGAGACGGUGUCAUGGAAUACAGCGGAAAAGAACCGCGCUAUCGAGUGCCAUUAUUUCCGAUCUGAGCGGCAGAGUUUGAGACGGUUGCCAAAGUCUGGUGCGGUUGUUUUUACUAUUCGGACUUAUUUUGAGCCUAUUACUGGUAUUGCUGGGGAGCCGUAUGUUCCUGGGAGGUUGGCUGAUGCUGUGAGGAGCUGGGGGGAUGAUGUUAGUCGGUAUAAGGGCCGGGAGAAGUAUCAGGAGGUUUUGUUGGAGUUUUUGGAUCGGAAGCAUGCUGAGCAGGUUAGGGGAGGUUUGGAGGUUGAGAAGGAGGAUGACGUUAGGAGCUAUCCUUUUUGA